GCUACAUGGUGAGACCCUGUCUCAGAAACAAACAAGCAAAACCAAAACAUUCCAGAACAGCGACAGAAAAUGAAUAUGCUUCUGGGGGAGGGUAUCCCUUUAAAUGGCUACUAGGAGAGAGUUCUGGAAUCUCUGCUGCCUCACAGAGAGCCACCCUCCCUCCCCGCCAUCCUGUGGGCUGUCUGUCCCAGGGGACCAGGCUCUGCUUCCUUGGCAUGGGGGUGAAGAGGAGCCUUCAGACUGGAGGCAAUUUGCUUAAUCUCUUGACCAGCAUCCUCACAAUACUGUCCACUGCUACCAACUACUGGAUCCGACAACAGGGAGGCCACAGUGGCCUGUGGCAGGAGUGUAGCCAUGGCAUCUGCUCCAACAUUCCCUGCCAGAACACCCUGGCGGUGACCGCAGCGUGCAUGGUGUUGGCAGCAACCUUCAGUAUCAUAUCUUUGGGGCUGGGGAUGAGGAUUCGGUGUCAAGAGGGCGAGUCACUGCGUAGCCAGAAUGCCAUUGUCUUACUUUUUCUCAGCGGUGGGCGUGGCCCAGGGCUGUUGCUGCUGAUUGCAUUGGCUGGAUACACUGCAAAGAAUGCCUGGAAGCCGGAUGUCUUCUUCUCCUGGUCCUACUUUUUCGGAUGGCUGGCUUUACCCUUCUCGUUUCUUGCGGGUAACCAGCCCAAGGGGAAGAGGGUGGAGACUACCCCGCUAGAUGACUCCCCACCCCAGAAACUUCCCAGUCACCUGUUCUCCCAGGAAAGCCCACAAUGACUUCCAGGGACUCCCCAACACCUGCACUCCAGAUUCCAGCACACCCGGUGGAGACGCCCUUGGAGUCCCCAUCCCUAGUCCCCAGGCAGGCCAGGUCAUCCGCCCUAGGGCCCACCUUCCUCCCCCGGCUCUGCACUCCCCUCCUGCCAGGCUUCUGCUUUCUGCUGGCGGACAUGAUCAUGCAGAGCACCGAAGCUAUCAGCGGGUUCCCAGUGUGCCUGUGAAUGCGGCCUGACUGGGGCAGAAUAAAGGAAAUGCUUUUAGUUCCGAUCCUGCGUGCUUUUCUGCUGAACGUAGAUAGGCUUGAAGACAACGGGGACACGGAUGUGGGGACCUGUAGAGUAAAAGAGGUCCGGAGGAAUGUGGGUUGGUGGGAGCGAAGACACGGAUACUGGAACAUCGAAUGGACCCGGGGUGGGGGUCACGGGAGACGUGGGCGAAGGGAGAGAGUAUGAGGAUUAGCCGA